AUGGGGCAAUGCGCUUCCCGGAGGGCGAAGGGAGGCCGGAACUGGUGGGAGAGCUCGCCGUCGGCAAGCGAGACGAACGGGUGUCUGGCGGUGGCGAAGGAGCAGAGGUCGAGGUUCUACAUCAUCCGGAGGUGCGUCGUGAUGCUGCUCUGCUGGCACAAGUAUGGGAAGUACGGCUAG